AUGGAAGCCACAGUGGUGAAUACAUUUAGCUCCGAGCUCACGAGACUUACAAUACAGAAAGACUUGGAGCUAAGUGCACUAAAUCCAAGUGAGUCGAUGUGGAUUGGUGUGGAUGUGGAUUCUAUUUUCGUGUCCGAUCCAGAAAGCAUACACUGUCCAGCUUUUGAAAUUAAAAAAAUGAACUAUACUUUACAAUAUAAUGAGUCUUAUGUAGGCGAAACUCGGAUUCAAAACAUACCAUUGCCAGAUUCAAUUCUGCAAUUGAAAGCGAAAUGCAUCGCAGAAGAUGGCAUUGCAAAGUGGGGUGAGGUUGUAGAGGAACACGUACCUUAUACCACCACUCAAAACAUCAACAAUUUAGCUCAAGCCGAGUUGUUCCUGAACAUAACGGACAACACAACUAUCGUGCAAUUCAUCCGUGAGCUGGAAUAUUUGACAGAGAAAACCAUACUCAGUGCACCCGGUGUCGCAGAAUACAUUUUGCUCAGCAUUGGUGAAUUGGAGAAAUUAGAGCUAGAUGGUAGCAGUGCGGGAAGAUAA